AUGGCUGCUGCUACUUAUACUUCAAAGUUCCCCGGACCGUUUCCUCGGGAUACCGCUACCGGUUUACAAUCAAAUGAAACUGGUUUGAAUGUUCCCAAGGGUGUUACAUUACCAUCAUCAUUCUCCAAUGGUUCCGAUUCGCUUUCGGAUCAUUUGUAUUCUGGUGGGUCUAAUCCAAUGAAUAAUAAUUACCACCUCUUAGAAAGAACAGAAUUAACAUCAGCAUCGUCAUCAGCAUCUUCUUCUUCAUCACCAUCAUCAUUAUCAUCGUCAUCGUCUGUCUUCCUUAGAGUUUACAAGGUUAUCCAUUACUAUUUCCUCCUGGAAAAGGAUCCUAAUUCGCGAUUAUCAGAAUUAAACUUUGAUACAAAUAUAAUUGUCAACUUGAACUACCUUAAAAGGUAUGAAUGGUCUACAGGUGAUAUCAUACAUUAUGGUUUCUUAGUACUGAUACUUUUGUUUUGUUUUUUGAUUUUCCCGGCUUCAUUUUUGGUUAAGUUCCCCAUCAUUGCCCUCUUUGGUUUGAUGUUUGCCAUUCCUUUAACUAGCCAAUUCUUUCUUCCUGCAUUGCCUAUCUUUACUUGGUUGGCACUUUUCUUUUCUUGUGCCAAAAUCCCGGUCACUUGGCGUUUACCCAUUAGUGUACGUUUCCUUCCUGCGUUUGAAACCGUUAUGUAUGGUGAUAAUUUAUCCAGUGUUUUAGCAGCUUUUACCCAUCCAGUUUUGGAUAUCUUAGCAUGGUUGCCUUAUGGGAUAAUUCAUUUUUCAGUACCAUUUGUGGUGGCAGCUCUUAUAUUUAUUUUUGGACCUCCUACAUCUUUAAGAGCUUAUGGGUUUGCAUUUGGUUAUAUGAACUUAUUUGGGGUUAUUAUGCAAUUACUUUUCCCGGCUGCUCCUCCAUGGUAUAAACUAAACAAUGGUUUAGCUCCGGCUAAUUAUUCUAUGGGUGGAUCACCAGGUGGUUUAGCAAGAAUUGAUGAUAUUGUUGGGUUUGAUAUGUAUACUUCAACUUUUACUAAUGCUCCAGUACCAUUUGGAGCUUUCCCCUCCUUGCAUUCUGGUUGUGCAGUUAUGGAAUGUUUAUUUUUAAUUUGGUUAUUUCCAAAAUUGAAAUUUGUAUGGUGUGGAUAUGUUAUGUGGCUCUGGUGGUGUACAAUGUAUUUGACUCAUCAUUAUUUUAUUGAUUUAAUUGGGGGUGCAGUGCUUUCAUUGUGUGUGUUUACCUAUACCAGUUAUGUUCAUUUACCCAUUCGUUUACCAAAUAAGUUUUGCCGUUGGUCAUACACUGAGAUUCUGUUUAUUGAUUAUCAUGAGAUUAAUCCAUUGACUGUUUCUGUUUCUGCAUUAAAUUCCGAAUCAGAUAUUGAAAAUAGAGGAGGACUUUAUUCUCAAGUGAGUGGAUCCUCAAGUAGAGUUGGUAUUGAUAAUUAUGAAAUGACAUCUUUACCUCGUUCAUUAACUUCUAAUAUUCCAAUAGCUGAUGAUGUUGAUAGUGCAUCUUCAACCACAGAACUGUCACCUCCAUCGGUAUUUGAUAUGGAUGCUCAUACAUUAGAAUCAACUACUAGUUUGGAAGACUUUGUUUCCACCACCAAUGGAACUCAAACAGGUAAAGGUUAUAAAAUCCGAAUGUAA